AUGGGCAACGAAGCUUCCACGCCCAUAGACGACGGCGUUCGCCCGGCAACCUUGAAGCGGCGAGACCUGGAGUCGGUGGCUAGUUAUAUCCUCAAGAAAAAUGCUCGACGCAUUGUGGUGCUGACCGGGGCCGGCAUCAGUACGUCGGCGGGCAUACCAGACUUCAGAUCGCCAGAUACGGGAAUCUACUCCAAUCUCGCUCACCUCGACCUCCCAGACCCCGAAGCGGUGUUCAGUAUCAACUUCUUCCGGGAAAACCCCGUUCCCUUUUACACACUGGCCAGGGAGCUCUAUCCAGGUCGAUAUCGACCAACCAUUGCCCACUCGUUCAUCACGCUACUACAUAGAAAAGACCGGCUUUUGAAACUCUUUACGCAAAACAUUGAUUGUUUAGAACGGGCCGCCGGUGUCCCAGGCGACAAAAUCAUCGAGGCCCACGGAAGCUUUGCCUCGCAGCACUGCAUUGACUGCAAGAGCGAGUAUCCGGAUGAUCUCAUUAGAGAAGCUGUCGAAAAGGGCCAUGUCCCUCACUGUCUGACACCGCAAUGUAACGGGCUGGUCAAGCCUGAUAUUGUCUUUUUCGGCGAAGCCCUCCCCGCAGACUUUUUCAGCAACCGCGAGCUCCCCGCCGAGGCCGAUUUGUGUAUUGUCAUGGGCACCAGUCUCACAGUCCAGCCGUUUGCCAGUCUGCCAAGCUUCUGCCGCGACGAGACGCCUCGCGUGCUCAUCAAUAUGGAACGAGUUGGCGGUCUGGGAUCCCGUGCUGACGACGUGCUCCUCCUGGGAGACUGUGAUGCAGGUGUGCGCAAAUUGGCGCAGGCGCUGGGGUGGCUGGAGGAAUUAGAAGCGCUCUGGGAAGAGACGAAUCCGGAUAAAGAGGCCAGAAAAAGGGAAACAGCGCCAAAGAAAACUCGCGAUGAGCAGUUGCACGACGAGGUCGACCGUCUCACCGCUGACAUUGACCGUGCGCUGCAUUUGUCGAGCAGUCACCAGGACCGUGUGCGCGGGCACUUGGCCAAGGAGAACGAUAACAACAAGCAGCCUACAGGCGAGCAAGACGACAAAACUCUUCGGUCAAAUGCAGGGGGGAGCGAGCAAGGCGGAUUGGGUCAUGUGUAUCCGCAUCUAGACAAGAAAUCGGCAUUGUGA